UACAAGUUUACAUACGGUUCAUAUAUACGCUCCCGACUUUACCACGUGAGUUUGGCUCGUUUGCUCAUUGGUUUGUCGUCAUGCCAAUCAAAAACAUUCUGAGUAUUCGCUUCUUUGCUUGCAAAGAUCUGGGGCAGACCCAGCCGACAGGGACGGAAAGGUUGGGCUGUUGUCUUUGGUUUUCACGUAUUCGCGUUUAAACUGUCUGGCCUAACCGUGUGGGAAUUAACUUGACUGCGAAUUUAUGACGUUCGUAACGCGGCGGUGGUGGGAUCCCAAAGUGGAUAGAACGGCACGUUUCUUCCAAACGAAAGGACUGCAGGGGGUGGUCACAUGAGGAGCAGGGAGAGGAACAGCGAGUCCCAAGACCAGAUGUCUUGCGCACCACAGGACAUCAUGAGGACACCCAAAAUGGUCUUCCGCUGGUCAUUCAGGCAGUUCCUGGUACUGUUGAUUUUCCUGGGGCUAGUUUCACUUGGAGUCUUACGUCUUCCGCAGUUCAAGUCUGGACCUAAGCCCUACUCAUGGAGGGUUGAUCACAGUCACCGAAAGCUGCUUCAAUCCUUUGUCAGAAGUGUGCUGACAAAGGAAUGCAGGCCAGCUUUUGUCAGGAGGGAAAUGCAAACCAGGUUCAACCACUCAAAUCACGUGGCCGAGCACUUCUUGUGGGAGGACACGCCCCUUGCUGAGAGCAUGUUCCAGUAUCCACCUCCCUUCGGCUUCCGGGACCUACGAAGCAAACUGACCGACAUCCUUGGCUUGCUGCCUGGCCCCGCUCCGCAGUGGCAUGGCAGAAAGGCAUGCCAGAAGUGUGUGGUCGUGGGCAACGGGGGAGUACUGCGCGGCCUGGCCCUGGGGCCCCUCAUCGACCAGUUUGACAUUGUCAUCAGGUUGAACAGUGGCCCCGUGCGGAAUUUCAGUAAGGAUGUGGGAAGCCACACCACCAUCAGAAUGAGCUACCCUGAGGGCAGCCCCCAGACAUGGGACGAUGUGGGCUCCAGCCUGCAGUUCAUCGCUGUGGUCUACAAAUCAGUGGAUUUCAAUUGGCUGAAAGCCAUGAUCACCCGCAAACAAGUGUCUCUAUGGGAUUGGCUGUUCUUCUGGCAGAAGGUGCCGGAUAAAAUUCCUAUUGAGCCAUCCCAGUUCCGCAUCCUGAACCCUGAGAUCAUCAGAGAGACCGCACUGGACCUCCUGCAUCUGCCAGAGCCGCAGCCCCGCCUCUGGGGUUGGGAUCAGAAUGUCCCCACCAUCGGCAUUUCUGCCCUCAACCUCGCCACAUACCUCUGUGAUGAAGUGAGCCUGGCAGGAUUUGGGUACAAUCUGAGCCAAGAGGGGGCUCCACUCCAUUACUACGACAGUCUGCCCAUGACCAGCAUGCUGCAUCAGCCCAUGCACAACGUGGACCGUGAGGGGGCCCUCUUGAGGGCACUAGCCAAGGCUGGAGUCAUCUCCGACCUCACAGGCGCAAUCCACUGCAGCUUUUGCCCCAACGGAGAGGGCAAGAGAAUCAGAUGAGCUGCUCACAAGAGACUCCAGGCCUGCGCUUGGCAACAUCUUCUUAGAACUUUAUGGAAAAGUCUUGUUAACAAAGUAUUCCUGCUCCUGUCAUUGUUUGCUGUGAUCGGACUUGGUGUUGUUCAGAACUGGCAGUCUGAAUCUAUUAUACAAUUCACAAUAUUUAUA